CAAAUGAGAAGGGCUUCCCGGAGGCUGGGCUGAGCCAGACGCGUUCUGCUAGCAGCCGGGAUUCAGCACCGAGGCCCGAAGACCAGUGCGCGUUAAGAAGCAUCUCUGGCCAUCACCAAGAGAGGAUGGAUGCCACCCAGAAGCAAAGAAUAAAUGAGGAUUAAGGGACCCGGGAAAAGGAAGGCCUCUUCAGAAGCUGUUGAAAUUCAAGACUGGCAACGGAGGUUCAAUUCCACCUCUUCACGCUUGUGGUUUCAGGAACCGAUGGUUUCUCAAUCCCUGGAGAGAGACUCCUUCCCCAGGGAAGUGAAAAUGAGCUUUUGGAGGUAUUGCUUUUUUGCUUUCACGGUGGUCAGUGUGGUUAUUUUUGUGAUACUUUACAAUAGCCAAUUAAGCCAGCCAAAAAGUUACGGGAAGCUGAAUAGUUCCAAUGAAAGGGAUUUUAGGAUACAUGCCUGUAAUUACGCCUUAGAAGAUAAGUCAUCCUUUUUGUGGGAAAAGACACUGACAUCACCUGUGGGAAGUGUCCCUUGCAAGGACUACCUGAUCCAGAAUCACUACAUCACGAGCCCCCUGUCGAAAGAAGAAGCUGUGUUCCCUUUGGCAUAUGUCAUGGUCGUCCAUAAGGACUUCGAUACUUUCGAAAGACUCUUCAGGGCUGUCUAUAUGCCCCAAAACGUCUACUGCGUUCAUGUGGAUGAGAAAGCCACAACUCAGUUUCAGAAAUCUGUGUGGCAGCUACUGAGUUGCUUCCAGAAUGCUUUUCUUGCUUCAAAGGUAGAGCCGGUGGUCUAUGCGGGAAUUUCCAGGCUCCAGGCUGACCUGAACUGCCUGGAAGACCUUUUAGCUUCUGAGGUUCCGUGGAAGUACGCCAUCAACACCUGUGGGCAAGAUUUCCCCCUGAAAACCAACAGGGAGAUCGUUCAGUAUCUGAAAGGAUUUAAAGGGAAAAACAUCACCCCGGGGGUCCUGCCUCCCGAUCAUGCAAUAAAGCGGACUAAAUAUGUCCACCGAGAGCACUUAGGCAGAGGUGGCUCUUUUGUGAAAAAUACUAAUAUUUUGAAAACCUCCCCUCCACACCAGCUGACCAUCUACUUUGGCACUGCCUAUGUGGCCCUUACCAGAGAGUUUGUCAAGUUUGUCUUCCAAGACCAAAGGGCCAUCGAUCUGCUACACUGGUCCAAAGAUACCUAUUCUCCUGAUGAACAUUUCUGGGUGACACUUAAUAGGAUCCCAGGUGUCCCUGGCUCCAUGCCAAACGCGUCGUGGGCCGGGAACCUCAGAGCUGUAAAGUGGUUUGACAUGGAAGAUAAACACGGAGGCUGCCACGGCCACUACGUCCAUGGCAUUUGUAUCUAUGGAAACGGAGACUUAAAGUGGUUGAUUAAUUCGUCAAGCCUCUUUGCUAACAAGUUUGAGCUCACUACGUACCCCCUUACUGUGGAAUGCCUAGAGCUGAGGCUUAGAGAAAGAACCCUAAACCAGAGUGAAAUUGCAAUACAGCCCAGCUGGUAUUUUUGAUCUACAGCCACUCACGACUGAAGGGAAAUCACAGCUGGAAAGGAGAGCUUUUUUUUGUGAGAAAAACUUGGCCUGGGUUAUAUGAACAGUCUCAGGGCCCAGGUUAUGGCUUCAGGACCUGACUACAUUAUUACAUGUUAAACUAUUCUCUGGACACCGUGAAAUAUGCUGUCAGGAUGGUUGCGCAGGGUGAUGCUGGCGCUUUCGCCCCUCUGGCAGUUUCUUGAGGCUCACCUCUGUAUCAGGCUAAUGUUCUGAUCAGUGAUAAAUUAAACUGUCCUCAGAUUUGCAUCUGAUCCUCAUCGUAUAUAAAUGUUCUAAUGAAAAGGAGAAUUGUGGAUAAUACUAUUUAGGAAAAAAAGAAUUGGGUUUCUUUGAAGAAGGAAUCUUUUACAACAGAUCUCUAGCCACACAUUGAUGGAUAUCCCCUGCUCUUUGCUUACCUGCACAUAGGCAUAGAAAUCGCUUUUUUGGUAACUGACCAGUCUUCUUUACAACUUGAGCUCCUAGAACUGAGAACUAGAUCUUGUUCCUGAGUUUCAGCAGUAGCAUUUUCUUUUUUUUUUUUUUUUUUUUUUUUUGCGGUACGCGGGCCUCUCACCGUCGUGGCCUGUCCCGUCGCGGAGCACAGGCUCCGGACGCGCAGGCUCGGCGGGCAUGGCUCACGGGCCCAGCCGCUCCGCGGCACGUGGGAUCCUCCCGGACCGGGGCACGAACCCGCGUCCCCCGCAUCGGCAGGCGGACUCUCAACCACUGCGCCACCAGGGAAGCCCCAGCAGUAGCAUUUUCAAGUUUCCUGUGUCUAAAGUUCUGUAUAGAAUUUAAAGCCAUUCACAGGAGACAGAAUUUAAGACAGCAGUCACUGCUGCUUCAGUAAAAGGCCCCCGGGGGGAAACAGCUUCUUGAAUGUUUGUCAGAAUGUGCUCUGAUCCCUCUUUCUUGUUUUCCGUUGAGCACAUGGAAAAGUUCUUAAAACAUGAAGAAUUUCCAGAAGAGAGGUGCUAUUGCAUGGGUUUAGCCUCAAGCCUUGAAUAUCUCAGAGUAAAUCACUUUCCUUUCUUUUGCCACUACUCUCCACCCCGACCAAAGUGAUCUUAUCUGCAAAAUGGAGACCAAAUUCUGUCCCGUGAGCCUUUAAGGAGUCCAUAGUUUUCUCUGGGUAGCUUUGCAAUGUCUGGGGGUCGUUCGAGUGCCUAUUUGUCACUUAUCCUUCCUCUCAUUCAUGUAUCCAAUUCAUUCAUUCAGCAUCUGGUCAAUAAGUAUUUCUUGAGUGUUUAUUAUACACCAGACACGUGCAGAGACAAGGAGAAGUAAGUCAGAAGCUUUUUCACUCUAAAAGUCCUGGCAAUAACGUCAACGUUGGAAAGGCUGCUCUAGAGAAUCUCACAGGGUGGUUAUAUUUUAACACCUUCACGUGCGGGGUUGUAGACUGUGAUAUAUCAGGCCCAGGAUAUCAGAAAUUACAAAGUGAGGUCUAAAUCAGAGAUUAUUACCAAGAGAGAAGGGAAGGAGGAGAUGGAAGCCACCACCGAUUGUGUUCUAGGUGUUCUGCUUGCUCCUUUACGUCUCAUGGCCUUCAAAUCUCACAACGCUCUUGGGAAGCUCGCAUGAUUACCCCCAUUUUGCAGAUGAAGCGAGUGAGGCUUAGAGAGGUUUUUAGUCAGCAUUAGGAAACAAGUUCUCUGCCUGAGAAUCGGGAUUCUCUUAUUGGUCUCCUUUGUUCAUUUCCUGAGGUGGAACAUUUAGAGAAGGUGAAGUAAAGCCAUAUUUAACAUCCCAGAAUGGUCUCAUUGUUAAUAUUGAGAAAACAUCCUGUUACAUCAGAAAAAUGUGAAGUCUACUCUUAAUAUUCCAUCCAGUUCCUUGAUAUUUAUUUAUUCUAAUGAAAAAGAGUAACUACAAUUAAUGAUACAUUUAAUCCACGCAACGUUAUUUUUUUCUGUAAUUGUGCCUGUUGAAUGUUAAUCAUAUUUAAUGACUUUGAAUUUAAUGACUUCUAGUGACUUGGAAGUGAAGCCUUCUUUUUUCCUGCUACCGGAAAAAAGAGAUGGAACUGUAUUGGUUGAUGAAGCGUCAGGGGGUAAGGGAACACACCCAGAGCUAAAGGCAGAAUCUGAAGAUCACCUUUUUUUCCCAACUAAUUUACAUGACACCACUUGAGAAGAAGGGUUGCUUUACACUGGAUCUUUCUCUUGUAGAACAAGAAAUCUUUUGGAAUAGAAGAUGUUUACAUGUCCAUUGUUGGUCAUUUCUUCUAUAUCUUAAGUACUUUAAUAUUGGAAGAGUGUAGUGUUUGGGCUAGUGGGUUUCUGCUAGCCCUUGGAGAUGCCCUGAAAACUUUGUUUUCGAUGAUGUUCCAUGUUGUUUUCUUGGAAAUAAAUUAAUAUAUUUU